GAAGAGGCGGUUUCUACGCCAAAAUGAAGGCACUAUGGGCAGCUUCUGCCUUUGGAUUGAAAGAAUAAGGCUUGUUUGUUUUGACAAGCGCUUACUCCGCUAACUAGUCUAAAGUAGAUGCAACACCGAAACAUUAUCUUGGUACUGCAGAAUGUCCAAGAUAAGGCGGAAAGUAACAGUGGAGAAUUCAAAGACGGUAUCCGACAACACCAGCACCACGACCAGCAGCGCCCCCAAUCCCGCCGGCCCGUCUCGCCGGCCCAGCGUGUUCGAGAGACUCGGCCCCAGCACCGGGCCUAAUGCUGCCGAUAGUCACUGUAGAAAUUGGCUGAAGACCGGAAGCUGCAAUUACGGCAGUGCUUGUCGCUACACACAUGGAAGUCAGCCGCGAGGCAAAGGAUUCAGCUUUAACCGGUCAACAGAGAGACCCACAGGAGAUCUGCGGGAGAGGAUGAAAAAUAAACGACAGGAUGUUGACCCGGAAAACCAGAAGCGGGAUUUGGACGAGCCGACAUCCCCAGCAGUGAGAAGAGACUCCUCACGAGGCCGACACAGGGAAAAGGAGGACAUAAAGAUUAUAAAAGAGCGUACGCCGGCGAGUGAAGAAGAGCCAGCAGAGUGGGAGACUAAUCGAGAAGAUUCUGACAUCGGUGACUACGACUACGAGUUGUCCCUAGAGAUGAAGCGCCAGAAAAUUCAACGAGAGCUGAUGAAACUAGAGCAGGAACACCUGGACAAGAGGGAAGACGCCGUCGUUAAGAAAGAUGAGACUUCAACUAAAUCCAGAAGCGCAGCGCUGACAAAGGCCUUGCCUGAGCUGUUGAGCUCCAAAGGUUUACCCUCAUCCAGAAAGUCCGGUAGCCCCCAGAAACACAAAAGUGGAACUAAAGGGUCUGGCUCUGGGAAGAAAGAGAAGAAGGGAUCGGUGGCCCUGGCUGUUUCAGAAACCACCAGGUCUUCAAAGGGAAGCCACAGUAAGAAGAAAGGUCCCCGAACACCAAGUCCUCCUCCCCCGGUCCCUCUGAACCUUCCUGUGAUCGGGAAGAAGCACAAAGCAAAGCACAAAAACAAGGAGAAGACCGAGGAGAGGCUGAAGGAAGGGAAAGAUCGAGGGCGAGACGCUGAGAAACACAAAGAGAAGAAGGAAAAACGCAGGGAGCGAUCGGACAGUUCCCUUAAGGCCAAGCGAGUUGUGACGUCAGAGGAGCGUUCUGGCAGCGUGUCGUCUCCUUCCAGAGGUGCUUCACCUCCAGUGAGAAAGAAGUCCACCUCUCCCAAAGUCGUCUCCCAUAAAACCUCACUCGCCUCCCCGCCUCACAGGUCUCCUUCCCCUCCGCACCACCACCACCACCGCAGCCCCACUCCUCCUCGCCACCGCUCCUCGUCCUCCCACUCGGGUUCCUCCGCCCACCAUCACUCUCCCUCCCCUCGUCGGCGCCGCUCUUCUUCUCCCGCCUACCACCGGAGUGCGGCGGCGCAGGCCUCCUCGCCUCCGCGCUCCCGCCGCUCUCGGUCACCUCCGACCUCUCACGACGCCGCCUCACCCCAUCGGAGGUCCAACAGAUCGAGCCCCAGCCAACGCCGCUCCAGGGGCCGGGAGAGGAGUCGCGGGGACAAAGACCGGAGCCCGCCCACCCAGGAGCGCCGGCACGAGCACAAAGAUGAAAGCCGGAGCAAACGUGAGAAGGACGGCGUCCGCGACGACCGAGACUACGACCCUGAGGUGCUGUCGUUGCGAGACGACAGGGAGACUCGGGAUCGGCGGGACCCUCGUGAACGAGGAAGAGACGCGGCCAGAGAUGCUCGAGACAACCGGGACGCGAAGGACUCAAGAGAGAGCCGGGCAGAGACCCGCUCCAGUCGAGAGUCGCUGGAGCGACGCGAACGGGAGAAGGAGAGGGGGAGGGAAAAGGAGAGGGAGCGGGGUGACGCCUACAGGAAGGAGGAUCCCGCUCAAGACGAAAGGAUGUACGGAAGAGCCCACGGACGGGACGACGGGGGGAGAGCUGAGGUGAGGAUGGACAGCAGGGCGGACAGAGCUGAGAGGAACGAACGGGGACGAGGGCGUGCCAACGAGCCAUCCGACAAAGGCUCAAACAGAAACUCUCGAAGUUCCCAGAUGGACGGCAACUACGAGAACUGGGAGUCACGGAGCGGUGGAGUUCGGGAAAGAAGCGUAGAGAGGACCGCAGAACGGAGCUCAGACCGAGAUCGCUACGAGAACGACCGGAAAGAACACGCAAGAGACUCCUCGUACGACAGGAGGGGGGGACAUGGAGAGCGGGACCGCAGAGACAACCGAGACAGAGAUCAAAGAGCAGCGUCUCCAAACAGAUACCAGAGGAGGUCAGAGGAAUCUGAGAGGGAGGAGAGACGGGAGGAGCGAAGGACAGACCGAGGAGAGGACAGACGGGAUGACCGGGCUCGAGAAAGGGAGCGAGAGAGGGAAAGGGAGCGGGAAAGGGAGAAGGAAAAGGAGCGGGAGAAGGAAAAGGAGCGGGAGAAGGAGCGGGAGAGGGAGAAGGAGAAGGAGAGGGAGGCGGAAAGGGAGAGAGCCAGGGAACGGGAGAGGGAGCGUGAGCGAGAAAGGGAGAGGGAGCGAGAACGGGAGGAGAGGGAGCGAGAACGGGAGAGGGAGGAGAGAGAGAGGGAGAGGGAAAGGAAGGAGAGGGAGCGGGAGCGAGAGCAGAGAGAGAGGGAGAGGCAGCGGGAAUGGGAGGAGCGGGAGAGGGAGAGGGGGAGGGAGGAGAGGCGGGAGAGGAGAGAAGAGGCCAGGGACGAGCGUCCUGUUCGGGACACCCGGGACGAACGAAAGAUGAGUCGGAAGAGGCUGAGGGUGGAGAGCAGCCCGAGCCCCCGCCCCUCGCCCAAGCGAGUAGCGCGGGACUUCAGCCCGGCGGACAGCGACGGCUACAACAGCGCCGAAGACAAAAGUGAGCGCCCGACUGGCCGAGGGCCGGCCAAGCUCCACCCACAGCCCCUCCUCCCCAUCCCGGUGUGUCCGCCUCCAUCCGACAAUGGGGACAAGCAUCGUCUGCUCAGCCAGGUGGUGAGGCCUCAGGACUCCUUGGCGAGGUCGCCGCCGAGAAGUGCCGCGCUUGUCGUGCCUGCCGACAAAGCCGCUCACUGGAAAGACGAAGAGCGCAGGGGAGCGGUGGACAAACGGGAGGCGCGCGGUCGCCAUGAGGACCCAGAGGCUCGUGUAGAUCGAGGCAGAGGGGGCGACAGACGGGGAGAAUACCUACCUGAUCCACCCUCCGACGCUCGCAGCAGAGUCAGAGACCAAAGAGAUUUAACUCCUCCCCCUCCCCCUCCUCCUCCUGUCGCUCUCGCCGCUGAUGGCGUAGACAGAGACGCCGCUGUUGCUCCGUCCCACGAAGAAGGCAAAAAGAAGAUGAAGUCUCAGAAGAAGGGCUUGAAGAAGGGUCGCAAAGUUGAGGACGCUGUCGGCGUCGCCGGUCUGGCUGCCGCGGCGGAUCGUUUCAAUCUCGAGCCACCUGCUGCGCUCGCGGAAGCGCCCCCGCCUUCACUCUCUCCAAGAAAAGGAGCCAAGAAGAAGGCACAUGAGCGCAAAAGGAAACGCUCGCGAGGAGGCGAGUCCGACGCUUCGGAAGAGGAGGCUUCGGCCCAUCAGCCUCACAGCAAGAGGAAGAGGGGUCCUCGGACACCGCCCUCCUCCAUGAGGCCAGAUCACCACAGAACCGGAGGGAACGCAGAGCCAACCUCGUUUUCACACAGGAAUAAUUUCAGCGAUUGGACCGAUGAUGAGGAGGAUACAACAGACCGAGGAGGCCAGUUGGACGCGCAGGCUCCCCUGGCUCCAGCUGAGAGGACUCCGGUGGAGCCGCUGAGGAGGGGCGGCGGCCACAGGAUGGGCAGGGAAAGGGAGCGGUGUAAUCCACCACCCAUAGCCCCGCUGCUUUCCCAGGAACCUCCGAUGCUGCUUCAAACUAUGACCCCGCAGCCUCUCAUGUCGCAGCCCCUGCUGCGCAAACCCCCCCUGGAGCAGACGCGCAGCAGCAGCAUGGGGAGCAACCAGAGCCGGACGUCGUCCCGACGCCUGCGGUCGCCCUCCAACGAGUCGGCCCACCCGGAGGAUCCGCAGGGUUCGCGGUCGCACCGGGGCAGGCUGCAGGGCUCCAGCUCCCGUGACCGGGAGAGAGAGCGAGAGAGGCCGGUGGUGGUGAACGAGCCGCCGGUGGCCGAGAGGAAGUCACGGAUCGAUCAGCUGAGGCGAGGGGAGCCCAGCCGCAGCACCUCAUCAGAUCGUCAGGAUUCCCGCAGCCACAGCUCCAGACGCAGCUCCCCUGAUUCCGAGAGGCAAGCCAGGUCUAGGUCUCGUGCCGGUUCCUACGACAGCCGCGAACGAGAGAGAGACAGGGAGCCGUUUGACCGAGAGCGAAAGGACCACAGGCCCCCGCCUCAAUCACAGCCGCCUCUGCAUCUCCAACAGCCCAUCCAGCAGCAGAGGGAAUGGGAACCAGAACCUCGGGACUGGCCGAGCAGGGGAAGGGAGCCCCUGCUCGUGCGUCCAGUUCGAGAACCUCUGCUGAGAGAGCGCGACAUGAGGGACCGCGAGCGCCUCAUCCCCGAAGGACUCAUCCAGCAGCACGAACGGGAGCGAGACAGGGAGCGGGACCGAGGGGAAAGAGGGGAGCGGGAGAGGAUGAUGAUGGAUCUACCGCCGCACCCUGACCCAAGAGCUCCAGGACGAAUGGAUGUGAGAGGAGACGUGAGGGGAGAGAUGACGAGGCAGGACCGGAGCGACUUCGAGCCUCCGCUGCCAAAAGAAGUCUUAGGUCCUGCCGAUCCUGAGAAAUCCAGUAACAGCCAUCAUGGCCUGGGAGAGCAGAGGGAGCUUGACAAGACAGAAAGUGUUGAUGGAGAAGACGAGGGAAAAGAAGACGAGCAGUCCGUCGCCUCCGUCGGAGAGGAGUACGAGCCGAUCAGCGACGACGAGCUGGAUGAAAUUCUGGCCGACAGUCAGAAAAAAGACGAUCAGCAAGAGGAGGAGAAGCUCACAGGUCCGCUGGACGUGAUCGACGUGGACUGGUCCAGUCUCAUGCCCAAGCAGAAACAGGAACCUCGGGCGGCGGGCGCAGCCUUGCUCCGUUUCACCCCCGGGGCCGUGCUGCUACGAGCCGGCAUCUCCAAGAGGCUCGCGGGCCCUGAACUCAUGGAGCAAGUGAAGGAGGUGUGCAAGUCUGAGCUGGACGAUCCAAAAGACGCUGACAAGCUCUUCGAGCACGACCUGGGCGCUCUGAACAUGGCCGCCCUCAACAGGCGCGUGGAGAGGGCGGGUUUACUGAGCAACCUCGGGCCCUGCUGCAAAGCCCUGUGCGCUCGCAGGGACUUCGCCAUCCGCCGGCAGCUGCUGAAAAACGAAAAGGGCCUGACUAAGCAGUACCCCACCACACCUCUGGUGGACACCGAGCUGCUGCAAAUGAGCAUCCGUCUCUUCAGAAAAACCGUGGCCGGCCACAACACGGUCCCAGAACGGUCCAAUAAAGCGUCGGCUCCAGCAGCCAAAACAGCCGAAGCUAGUAGUAAUAGCAAGCUGAGCACAGCUCAACCAGAGGUUUGCGUCUCCUGAGAGUCAAACUUUUCACGUUGUCACUCUUUACCCGCCGUACUUUCAUUUUUUUCUAAUGUUUUUUGUUUUCAGUCGUAAGAAUCAAAACCAUAAGAUCUGCAUUUCUUCUAUAUUCUGUAUUUGCUCUGUCAUCUUGUCUGGAGCCCCAAAAACAUGUAUGAGAU